AUGGAGAUGGAUGGUCAAGAUGAACUUAAGAAACCAUCCGUUUUCCUCCAGCUCUUGGCCAAAUUCCAUGCAGGCUACUUCAGAAUCAGCAUGUCCCUUUGUGGGCAAGCCUUGUUAUGGAAGAUCCUCAAACAGCCAAUUCAAAACGAAAAUUCUCUAAGGCGAACCCUUCGCUUGCUACCCAAUACAGCUUUCUUGUUGUUAUGGUCAUUAGCUUUGUUCAUUUUGGUCUCUCUUUCCUUCAUUUACAUUUUAAGGUGCUUCUUCCACUUCAAAUUGGUUAAAUCUGAGUUCUUGCAUAGAGUGGGCUUGAACUACCUCUUUGCACCAUGGAUUUCUUGCCUUCUUUUGCUUCAAUCCUCGCCAUUUAAGGCUUUGAUCCCCAACCAAAUUCUCUUGUGGGUAUUUCUGAUUCCAAUUGUUGUAUUGGAUGUGAAGAUCUACGGCCAAUGGUUCACAAAAGGGAAGAGGUUUUUGUCUAGUGUGGCCAACCCCACUAACCAACUUUCGGUGAUCGGAAACUUGGCCGGAGCUUGGGCGGCGGCGGUGAUUGGGUGGCGGGAGACUGCACUCUGCAUGUUCUCUAUCGGAAUGGCACAUUAUUUGGUACUUUUUGUGACACUUUAUCAAAGAUUGUCCGGAUGCAACAGCCUGCCUGCCACUUUGAGGCCAGUGUUCUUCUUGUAUUUCGCAGCUCCAAGUAUGGCAAGCUUGGCUUGGACUUCCAUUAAUGGUGAAUUUGAUACCUUUUCCAAAAUGCUGUUCUUUCUCUCUGUUUUUCUCGCCGUGUCCGUUGUUUCAAGGCCGGCGCUUUUUAGAAAAUCCAUGAGGAAAUUCAGUGUGGCAUGGUGGGCUUAUUCGUUUCCUCUCUCUGUUCUUGCUUUGGCUUGUAAUGAAUAUGCUAAAGAAGUUGACGCUGAAGCUGCUCAUGUUAUUGCCCUUCUUUUGUCUCUCCUCUCUGUUUUGGUGUCUCUGUUUCUGAUGGUCAUUACAGUUUUGAGGACUAAUUUCGUCAUCCCGGUGACCCCGCCGCAGCCGGCGAUCAAUUCCGACAAUAGCAGUGCUGAACCAUGAGGAUUGAUUCAAACAAAGCCCAUAAGAGGGUGAUGGGUCGAAGCCCAUGAAGAAUCCUUCCUUUACCAUUUUUGUUGAAAAGCCAACAAUCAGGCAAUUGCUGACAGGGCCUUUCGAAUUGCACAGAAACCGGAGGGCUGCUGCCGCUGCCCCUGUCUUUGUCUGGCUUCGUCUUCUCCAUUUUUUCAUGCUGUUUUGUUGCCUCUUGACCCCACUUCCUCUUCUUCGCAAAUGCACCGCAUCAGGUCUUUUCCUGUUUGUGUUUGGCCAUUUUUUUUCUCCAGCUUUUGGUUGCUUACUCUUCACUCAAUCUUCUCAUAAAUACAAACCCACAAACCAAAUCCAUUUCCCUUUAUUAUGAGUUAUGAGCAACUCCAAGCAGUCAACUUUAUUAUGAAAUUAUGUCAUAUGUUCAUUUGGGUA